UCUUCUCUCUCUCGCUCUCUCAGUGGGCAGUCAAUUCAGUUGCGUUUUGCUUCCAUCUGUUCAUCCCUCUCUCUCUCUCUCUCUCUCUCUCUCUCUCUCCCUCUUUCCUCUCGGUGUCUCUCUUUCUCUCUGAACUGACCUCAUAGAGGGGUGGACUGCGGACCGGGCCGCCUUGACACGAGCCUUAUACCCACCUCUCUGAAGCCAGUCAGCGUUUCUAAGACUGUACGUGUAGUGUGAAACUUUUCGAAUGCCUGGACAUGGAUCUAACCUGUGACAGGAUACUGGGAUACCAGCGGCUGAGGAAAGGCUAAUCGUGGGAAUGGUCUCCCUGAGACGACUAUAACUACUUGCCUGAUGCUUUGCCUCCUCUUCCUGAAGUCCCGGACUCCGGCUCAGCCCUGAGCUCCGUUGACUUUCCGGCCCGCUGCCUCCGCAACCCGGCCUUUCGCCACACCUCCUCGCGCUACUGCUCCGCCCUCAGCAUGGACUCCUCUCCCGACAGCGCCGAAAGGCCGAUCAGCUACAGCUCCACAUCUUCCUCCGCUUCUUCCCGGGACAGUCACUGCUCACUGGGCAGCCGCUCCACCCUCGUUCCCGCCCCGCACUGCAACCCGGUGACCUCAGACCGGGACUCCGGGGCGAUUCGGUUGGAACUGGUCCCUGCCCGGCAGCUGGGAUGUCGGGAGGAAGAUGACAGAAGCGAUGGAAGGGGACAAGGGACACAGGGCGGUGGACAGACUCUGACGGAACAUUCAGAGCCUGAGGUGAGCCCAGAUGGAGGCGAGCGGACGGGUCCGGUGCAGGGACCCAGGACGUAUGUGGAUCGGGUGGUGCAGGAGAUACUGGACACAGAGAGAACCUACGUCCAGGACCUGCGUAGCAUUGUAGAGGACUACUUGGAGUGUAUCAGUAAUCAGUCUCGGCUGGCCUUGAGCUCUGAGGAUAAAGGCUCCCUAUUCGGCAACAUUCAGGACAUCUACCACUUUAACAGGGAUCUUCUUCAUGAUCUUGAGAAGUGCAACGCGGACCCUGUGGCUAUCGCAGAGUGCUUCGUAUCCAAGAGUGAAGAAUUCCACAUUUAUACUCAGUACUGCACCAACUACCCACGGUCGGUGGCUGUGCUAACAGAGUGCAUGAGGAACAAGGCGUUGGCCAAGUUUUUCCGCGAGCGCCAGGAAUCUCUGAGGCACUCCUUGCCCCUGGGCUCCUACCUGCUCAAGCCAGUGCAGAGGAUCCUCAAGUACCAUCUACUGCUGCACGAGAUAGCCAACCACAUGGAGAAGGACACGGAGACGUACGAGGUUGUGCAGGAAGCCAUAGACACCAUGCAGAGAGUGGCCUGGCACAUCAACGACAUGAAGAGGAAACACGAGCACGCCGUUCGGUUGCAGGAAAUCCAGAGCCUGCUGACCAACUGGAAAGGCCCCGAUCUUAUCGGCUACGGAGAGUUGGUCCUCGAAGGAACGUUUCGUCUGCAGCGAGCCAAAAACGAGAGAACUCUCUUCCUGUUUGACAAGCUUCUGCUCAUCACCAAGAAACGAGAAGAAACCUACACGUACAAGGCUCACAUACUGUGCUGUAACCUGAUGCUGGUGGAAAUUAUUCCUAAAGAACCGCUGAGUUUCAGUGUUUUCCACUACAAGAAUCCCAAACUUCAGCACACGGUCCAGGCCAAAUCACAGCAAGACAAACGCAUGUGGAUCUUACACCUCAAGAGACUUAUACUUGAAAACCAUCCGGCCAAAAUCCCUGCCAAGGCUAAGCAAGCAAUUUUGGAGAUGGAUGCAAUGCAUCAUCCCGGGUUUCACUAUAGCCCCGAUGGAGACAAGAAGGAUUCCCCUCAGACCAAGGAGGGUCCAACCCCUCGUAGAGGACGCAGGAAAGAACCUCUAUCCAAAUUGUUGAAAAAUGCCAAGCAGAAUGCUGCGAACACCGACGGCGAAAAGCGGAUAAGUCUGGGUGCCACCCUGCUCUCGCCAAUGUCCCAGCUGGCUUUGGGCACCAUCGGUCGCAGCCGCAGCCUCAUCAACCAAUCACAGGAGUCCCUGGACCCCGGCGACCACUAUGACCACAGUGACAGAGAAGAGGAGCCACAUCAGCAAGAUGCUGAUGAUGAAGAUGACAGUGGCCUGGGAGGCGGAAAGCGACUUCGAGUGCCUGGCAAAAGCAGCAGGAAGAGGUUGAACCCUCAGGCAUCUGUCGACAGUAUAGAACAGUGGAAAUCCUUCAACAUGAACUCUUCAGACCUACAGAAAGCCAGAGAAUCCCUAGUGAGGGAAGGAAGUCACCACCCGCCGCUUCUCAGGACACCUCACGUGAUGGAGGAGCCUCCAGACACCCCUGUCCCCUCUGUUAUAGUCACAGAAAGUGAUCAUUCUGUGAGGAACAUCUGGGCAGACCACCGCGCUCGCAGGGCCAUGUUCCCCACCCGCCAGCGAACCAUGCAGCCUGAUGACGAGGACGAGGACAUCUACCAGAUGUUUGUCCCGACGGAGCCGAGCGGACCAGAACCAGAGGUGCGCUCGGAGAGGUCGGAGGCCACCUCGUCGCCCAAGACGGCUCGACCCCGCAGCUGGCACGUGGAACAGGUGCCCAGUGUGCAGGUUGACCCUCCACCCGAUGGAGGCAGGGUGCUGCGGAGGGCGAGCAGCGCAGGGGAGAAGUCUACAGAGGCUCCACAGAGUCCUGAUGGCGACCAGGCCGGCAACAGCAACUUGGAAGUGAUCCACACUGAAUCCUCCAGCAAUGACAUAUCUGGAUCAUCGUCAGCAGAGCAGCUGACGAUAGACGAUAUUGAAAAUGUGUAUGACAACAUCAGCUACGAGGACCUGAAGAGAAUGGGCCUCGUCAGAAGAGACCCCGAGGAAAGCCAGUUACGAAAAGAAACUUCCACAGAUGCACAGGGUUCCCCGAGCCAUGCAGCAGGGGUACUAAAUGCUCCGGAGACUCCUGUGGUCACAGAGCCUUUGAUUGAACCAGACACUUCCUCGGAUAGCAACCGGUCCUCCACGCAGGAGGGGAGGCCGUUUGGGACAUGUGAGCUCAAGAUAGUGGAGGAGAACAUCUAUGACACCAUCUGUUUCAGGGAGCCCCCAUCGACGGAGCUUAAAGGGAUGAAUGAAGGCAACAAACUAAAAACGGAGACGGACAGUCUGCAGGCCUGGGAGCAAGAUCUGACUGAAAGCCUUGGAGGGUUUUUGUCCGAGGAGAGCCUACACUUUGGAGAGGAUGACGCUUCCCACCCUGUCCCAUGUUGCUCUGAGCCGGAUUAUUCCUCCUCGUCUGCCUCUGAGACUUUCUCUCAGCGCUCGCCGAAAGGGGAUAAGAUGUCAGAGCAAGUCGAUGAGAUCUGGAACGAUCUGGAAAACUACAUCAAGAUCAAUGAGAAGAAAGCUGACAGACUCCCCGCUGCCUUCCCUGUUAGUGCCAGCGAGUCGCCUAAGAAGGCGUCCUCAGUCAAGAGCAGCCCCACAAAGAGCCCCCUUGUAAUUAGUCCUCCAGCCAGCAAUCCAACCAGUAGUCCCCCAACACAUCAGCCUAAAGCCCCACCUGUCACCUCCAUGCAGUCAUUCACCAUCCCAGUCAUCAACUUCCCUGACCUUCACAGUGAAGGCCCCACUGCAGAAGAAAACCUCAGCCCUGCUCCAACGUCACGCCCCCUUCCUGUCCCCCCAGAGCCCCUCCCAGGCACAGUGAAGAGCAUACGGAACAGACUGGCUCGCCUCAGCAGCGGCAGCUUCCGCCUUGAAGAUGACGACCUGGUGGAGCUUCCUCCACGAAAUACUCCUCAGAGGGAUAUUCCCCUCAAAGACCUUCAUAGCUUGUUUCCAGGGGAGCUGGCGGGUCUGGACUCACCGCUGGCCUCCUCCUCUCUCCUGCUGGGGGAGUCUGUGGACUUGGACCAGAUGGAGAAAUCAAAGAACCGAGUGUUCCUGAUGGCACGGCAGUACAGCCAGAAGAUCAAGAAAGCCAACCAGCUGCUGCGCAUGAGGAGCAUGGACCCUGGAGACGCUUGUAGUCGGACCAGAGCUGAGAAGAAGCAGAAAGACCUGGCAGCCAUCUUGGAAGAAAAGAAACAAGGGGGCACUGCUAUAGGUGCACGGAUAGCAGAGUACUCGCAGCUCUAUGACCAGAUAAUGUUUAAGGAUCCUCCCGGUCCAGCUGGCCCACAUCACUCCCAUCCAGGGCUGCCGUCUUCUCCGUCCAUGCCUGAGACCUCCCUGGAGGAGGACUGGCUUCUCUCCACUUACAGCAAUGGAGAGCUGGUCAGCUUCGUCUCCUCGUCCAUCGAGUUGGACGGCGCUCGAGCGUCCUCUACCCCGCUGCGCAGACUUACCUCCGCCUGCUCCAUCCCUUCUCUCAAGACCUCUCCUCCCUCUCCAACCAGCCCGCCGUCCCAGAGAUGGAGCUCCUGCAUGUCGCCGCCGAGCGAAAAGGAGGAGCAUGUGUACAGUUCCAUUAAGAGACAUCCUUCCUUUAACGCUCUGUCCUCGCCCUCCUCAAAGUCUUCCCCGUCCAGUCACUGUCAGUCACUCGGCUCUCUGGGCAGCCAGCAGCAGGAGGUGCAGCAGUCUGGACUCAAAUGUAACGGACCCACAGACAGACUCCAUGGCCCCAGUCUGGGUCGCGCUGGUCGGCAGAGUAGUCUCCCAGAGCGCUCUACCCACGGACAGUCGGACCUGACUUUACACGAUGGUCAACAGGUGGUCGUCCUGAACCGGGCUUCUGCGCUGAGCAUACUCUCCGCCACCCAGAACUACAUGGCUAAUUUUAAGGACGAUGGGGAAGACGAUGAUGACUAUGUAGAGAUCCGCUCGGAGGACGAGAGCGAACAGGAGCAGGACAGGUUGACGCAGCGAAACGGCAGCUCCGCGGUCCUCUCCAAUCAGAGCCGAGGUCUCGUACACUCCCAGAGUCUGCCGUGCACACCGGUGCGCUCCUGCGACCCGCUGAGAUCUCUGGACCGCGAGCAUCUGGAGAAGUACCUGUGGAGCGAGCCGCAGCAGAGCCAACCCAAAAUCGUCCAAUCUCUGAGGGAGAAGUUUCAGUGUCUGAGCUCCAGUAGCUUUGCCUGAGUCUUUAUAACACGUACAAGCCAAAUAUAUAUAAACAUACAGCAUAUAGCAACAAAAGGGACACUGCUGCUUUGCCUUGAAUGCCCUCUAUGGUUCAACAUCAUAGUCCACAAACAUAGCACAUCUCUCAACAUAGAUCAGAAGCAAUUUCUUUGAUUGCAGCAAUAGUUGAAACUCUCUGUCACAGGGCUUCAAUGUAAAAUACAUGAUAGGUUACUAUUACUAGUCAAAAGCCUGCAUGUGAGAGCUGCCUUAGCACUUCCAAACAGUCUCCUUGUGUAUGUUUCAAACAGAUCUGGUGGUGAAACGUCAGCGGUCAAAGCAAAAAUGUUCUCAGUUGUUUGUAAAAGGCAUUCAGUGUGACUGAAAUGGGUUUUAAUAUUCAGAGGAAUUCUCUUGUAUUGCUUUACGCGUGAGCCUUGUAGAGAUAAUUGGAGUCAUAUUAAUUGGUUCUGCUGGAGGACUUAGUGCCAGUAAACUGUUGUACAGUUACAGUAGUAGUUCAGGAUACCUGUUACCGAUUGUAAGAAAUAAAGUCUUGUCUGUGCCCAACGUCUCAAACAGUAGUACAAGCAUCAAAAAUCUGAUGACUCGCCACGUCAGGAGUACCUCUUGAAGCUCUUUUAAUUUGCCGUUAAGGUUAUUUUAACUGCGUUUUCAGCACUAGUUGAUCUUAACCUGCGUAGGAGCUGUGAACCACAGCGGUGGCUAGUGUUUCUAAUUGUGCUUACACUAUCAAACAGUUCUGAACGAGCAACCUUUUCAAAUUUGCAAUCUUCAGACGUGCUACUCAGGCUAUAUUGUCACUUUUAACAGCUUUGUUUUAGCAAUAAUUGUAACAAAAAGGAUGCAACUGUAAAGAAACCAUGUUGACUAAGAUCCAAUAGGUUAAGUAUAACUAGACUUAGACUUGCAAGUCUAUUUGAAGUUAUUGUGUUUCACUCUACCUGCCACCUUUGUCAUCAAUAGGUUAAUAACACGCUUUAAAAUCGAGAGAAGAUGCCGAUAUUUUAGAUAAUCUAAGAAACCAUAGGGCUUCAUAUUUAUUUUGAAUCUGUGAGUAAAUCAGAGAUGUUUCUGCGUGUCACGGUGUGGGGGGGGGGCAUCCAUCAUGUAAAGUGAAAUGUGCAUCUCAGCAAGUCUUAUUUUAAACUUUUGUUUUUAAGAGGGACCACAAAGGAGAACAUUAGUUAGUUAAAAGACUGCAGUACUGUAUUAUUUGGUGUAUUUGUUUUCCUCUCAAAUGGAUAGUCUGUUUACUUUGUUUACGUUUUGGGACACUCCCGACUGUCACGCUACUGAUAUUGCAUCCACAGUCACAGAAAGAAGUUCACAGUCAGAUAGUUGUCGGAUCACUUUUGAUAAGGUUCACACAACACAAUUGUUUUCUCUCCUCGUGAAGCAGACCCAGUAUUUACCACACGCUGUCUUAAUAAAAAUCACUAAAGUUGUCCUAUUUAUUUGAAAGCAUCCCUGUUGUUUUGGUCACUAUUACUUCAAGCCACGGACGAGUUGUAAAAUAUAGUAUUUAUUAAAAGUUUUAUUCAGAUUUAGGGGGCGCAGACAAAAUUUGAAUCAAAUACUGUGAAUAUUUUCAGAAGUAGGUUUCCUAUCACGCACUGCUUAACACAAGUUCCUAAUCAAAAUAACACGUGAAAAGUUGAAAAGCACAAUAUCAUGGCCUACUGUUCAUAUCAGGAAAUAUGCAUCAAAAGCAAGUUAGGAAUAUGAAGUAUGUUUUUUUUUUUAUUGUACAUUUUUGUCCUGUUUCACUGGUGGGGAUUGUCUUCAUUGACUCUUUUUUGCACUUUUCUGUCUUUUUUUACAUUUUAUUUGUAAACACUUUGUAAAGAUGUACAUUUUAGGAAAGUUAUUCUUGUAUGCCAUAGGUAUGCUUUAUAAUGCUUUAAUGUUUAAGUUAAGUGUACUGUAUUUUUUUUAACUGCCUAGUUGUCAUUGCUCAACAAAACAAUGUAUUGGAGGAAAUAAAUUCAAAUUAAACUCUU